GAGAAAGAGAAAGAGAGAUACUCAGGAAGUCAACAGGGGAAGUUUAGUGGUUUCUUACGUCAACGCUUGCUGCUGCUUGGUUGUGCCGGUGCAGAGUGAAGAGUUGGUGGUGUGUGGAGAUUCCAAGGGAAACGUGGUUCAAGCAGCCACCAAACAUCAACUCCUGGAGCAGCAAGAAACCUGUUUUUACCCCAUGGCAUCAGAGAGAUCUUCAUAUCCAGUCAAGAUUGUUUUGAACAGGCAGAGGAGUAGCUCACAGUGCAGAGAUGAAGAGCUGGCUAUUGAAGAAGACUCUCAACCCCAGCCUACAGAUGUGGAGCAGAGAGUGGAGACUGAACCCAUAAUGAUCAAAGAUGAGGAGACAGCAGAGGACGUGUGGAAGACUGACCCUCAGGAAGAGCUCAGGAUCACUGGAGAGGAGUCUGGUUCCAAGCCUGGGAAACCACCAUCCUUUGAGCAACGGCACUGUGAUGAGGACUUCAUCACACAACCCAAUAUAUCUCCCAGAGACUCCGUGGAACAUUACCCCAAUUCUGAUCGUCCAGAGGAACCAGGAACACCCCGGCUCGCAUCUACAGAGGUGUUCAGUACAGAGCAGCACCGGCCAGACGAGGAGGACGACUCAUUAGACCUAGUGAUGGUGAAGGAUGAGAAAGAGGAGGAGUUAGAUCAGACCACGGUCCUGACAGGAUCUGACCAGUUUGUUAUGGAUGAGUCUGAUGGGCAGCUGUGGACCUCUGUGGGUCCAGGCAGAGACACUGACCCUGAUGGCCACCCAGAUUUCUCCUUUAAUUCCACAGAAGAGUACUCUCAGAAUAUCUCAAUGGUCCCAUCUCAUAGUGGGCUACCAUCUGUUCCUACUAUGACAGAUGAAGUAGGGCCAUCGCUUCAUUCUUCUAUAUGGAAACCACAUGCUAACAUGUUCAGUGCAGCAAAACACAUGACAAGACAUGUCAGGACAUUGGCUGAUGAGACUAGACAACAGAUGCCAGAGGGACAGAGCAGUGAGAUGCUGAACUCAAGUAAUGAAGGAAAUAGUUUAGCUCUACAGUCAAGGCAGCAUCAAUACAGGGCUUCAGAAGCAACAGUGAGAUUGAGUGAGUGCACGACAGGGUCAAACAUGGCCACCACCUCCACCUUCUCUGGAUACAGCCUGAGUCACAGUAGUUUUAACAUGGUGAAGAGAAUGAGGACUCAGUGGAGGUCGGGCGGCACCACCGAGAGGCGUUUCAGCUGCACCUUCUGUGGUAAGAGCUUCCAGCGUUUCAGCGAGCUCAAAGUACACCUCCGGAGUCACACCGGAGAGAAACCGUACACCUGCGAACAGUGUGGCAGGAGUUUUACCCAGCAGUGCAACUUGAUCAGACAUGCUCUGGUCCACACCGGGGAGAAGCCCUACAAGUGCACACAGUGUGGGAAAUGCUUCACCCAGCGCUCCAAAAUGAAGUCACAUCAAAGAACUCACAUAGGGGAGAGUCCAGUGUCUCAAUACGGGGCACCCACAUACCCUGCGGAUCCACAAACAAGUUUAAUGUUGUCUCAGAACAGAUGGAACAAAUAGUUCAUAAUCAUAUCCUUUUUCUUUAACACUUUCUAUGUGAAAAUGUGGUACAGAAAGUAUUUUGAGACAUGUUGAUAAGCUUUUUCUUACAAUUGAUUUGUGAAAUGAUUUUCAUGUUUGACUCUUGUCUGCUCCUCAUUUUCAUUUCAACAACUUAUUUACAACUGGUAACAAUGUGUAUUUCUACCACAAAAUCAUAAAACCAUAUUAUAUUCAA